GUUGGGGAAGAUUUCCUCAAGAACUGGAAGGAAGCGGAGCAGUCCAUAACGAAGCUUAUUGAGAUAUGGACAAAGACGGUGAUGUUGGUGGAAAGAUACGAAAAGAGACAACAGCAGAUCAGCUACGACAAUGGUAAAUUUGUUGAAAUGAUCAAUGGCUUCAAAACGUUAAACACCAAGUUGUAUCCAAAUGAAAAUGAAACAUUACUUAGCGAAAAUUCACACAAGGACGAUAUCAAUUUAUUGAAUGAUUCGCUCGGGUACAUCGGGGAGUUCUUCAAUAAGUCGAGUCAAACUUUGAUCGACGACAGCUACACUGUCAACACCAUUAUUUUGGAAAAGUUCAAGAACUUCCUUGACUACUUAUACUCCCUCCAAGAGUUGUUUGAAAGAACCAAGAAACAAUCGAUCAACAAUAUUGACCAAUUGGAAAAGAGAAUCAAAGAAAAUGAAAUAAGAUAUAACAAGCUCAGCACCGAAGACGCUGACGUCAAGGGUGCCGACUUAGCCAAGUUGCGUCAAAUCAUUAUCAAUGACAAGCAGGAGAUCUUCCAGCAGCUCAAUAGGGACUGGUUAAUCAAAAACUGCUGUUUCGAAGAGUUCCUCAUGUUCCAGGAAACACAAUAUUUGAUUGGUGAGUUGUGGAUUGACUGGUCCAAAGCUAGAUUAAAGUUUCAGGAGGAGAUGUUUAGCUUACUGGAAAACUUGAGUAACGAGAUUGUCAAUGACAUGCCACUUAAUAGAUAA